AUGGGUAAAGGUUACACCAUUUUUUCCACUGUCUUCCUAGCCAUAGGAGGUUUUCUUUUUGGCUAUGAUAGCGGUAUCAUAACUUCCACUAUUUCGCUACCCCAUUUUAUCGAUUAUUUUGAUGCUCCAAGUGCUACUGUCACUGGAGGAAUUGUCUCCGCCUUCCAGGGAGGUGCCAUUCUCGGCACUAUAUGGAAUAUGCUGUUCGCAGAUAAACUUGGUCGCAAGCAGACUAUCUUUUGGGGGUCCGUUGUCUCUUGUAUUGGCUGUGCGCUUCAAGCCGGGGCUGUCAAAAUGUCAAUGCUCAUCAUUGGUCGUUUUAUCGCCGGGGCAGCUAUUGGGAUGCUGACGUCGACGAUCCCGAUGUAUGCUGCUGAGCUUGCAGAAGCGAAACAUCGUGGUUCUUUGUCUGGUUUAUUGCAGUGGUUCUUAAGUUGGGGCUUUCUUGUGGCACAAUGGUUGGGUUACGGAUGUUCCUUUGUAGACAACCAUUUCCAAUGGAGAUUUCCCCUUGCAUUCCAAAUUGUUCCGGGCCUAAUUCUCAUUUCUGGAAUCUGGUUCCUGACUGAGAGUCCAAGAUGGUUGGUGGAAAAGGACCGCUUUGAUGAAGCCCGUCAAGUACUCCAAAGACUCCGCAGCGACGGAACAAACGAUGACGAAAUCGAUCUUGAGUUCCGCGAAAUCAGGGACGUCAUUGCCGCUGACAGGGCCGCUGGGAAUACAUCGUGGAAGAAGAUUAUAACUAAGCCCUCAUGGCGUAAGAGGCUCAUAUUAGGGUGUGGAGUCCAAGCUUUUGGCCCUUUGUCUGGAAUCAAUGUCAUUAACUACUAUGGGCCUCAAAUCUACAGAAUACUUGAUAUUCAGAACCAGACGGCUUUGAUGAUCAUCGGUAUCAGUGGCGCAUUAUCAAUCGUCUACUGUACUAUCGGGCUCUUACUCCUCGAUCGUUUCGGCCGUAUCAAGCCAUUGAUUAUUUCUGCCUGUGGACUUGCGGCAGCCCUCGUUGUUAACGCGGCCCAAGCCCAACAUCUCGACCCCUCUAAUCGCGCCCAAGCCCGAUCAAUGGUUGCCAUGAAUUUUAUUUUCUCACUCUUUUACACGCCCCUUGGUAUCAUUUCUUGGGUAUACCCUGCUGAAAUUUUCCCAGUCGAAGUCCGUGCUCUAGGUAAUGCUAUUACCACAUUCACGAAUUGGACUUUGAAUUUGAUUUUUGCACAAUUCUCGCCAACUGCUUUGAAUCAUAUUGGGUUUAGAUAUUUUUAUGUUUUCUUCGUGUUUAAUGUCAUCGCCCUUAUUUGCUAUAGUUUAUUUUAUCCUGAGACGAAAGGGAAGACCUUGGAGCAAAUGGAUGAGUUGUUUGGUGACCAGCUGAUUCCUCAUGCGAUGAAUGACCCAGAGGGGGCCAAGAUUGCUACGGAGAAGGAUGCUGUAAUGGUAUCUCAUGUUGAAAACAAGGAGAAGGCUUAG